CAGGAAGUUAUAAAAAGAUGUUUGCAAGGAGAAGAGGUCUCUUUGGACUUGCAGGGUGUGCGUGAGCGCGUUUUGAGGAUUGGGAGAUGGAGCAGACCUUUGUACUCGAUGGCUCAUCUGUCUGUCUUUCCCAGUUGCCUUUUUGCUCGCCUGACUGAUUUAACUUUUUCCGUUCCAGCUCAACUCAAGGUCAACUUACGUCCUUUGUGGUCUCCUGCAGCAACGGCUCUGGGAUCACUAUCUCAACGUUUCGGGGACGUCGUGUGGCGGCUCCUAUUUGCCGAACUUCAAGGAACCUCCAGGGGGCAACAAGCUCCUUCGUUAUGGCCUGAAAAGGGCCAGGAAGAACCUGAAGAGUUUAACAACGAAGAUCCGUGGGAAGAAGAACGUUCAUGGCGCGACCCGAGCGCCCACAAGCUUCGCAGUAUUGUGAUACAAUGGAGCGAUUCUGAAUUUGCGAAGAAGCAGCUCUGCAAGGCACAAAGACAAAGGGAACGCUUUGACAUUCAGACGUACGAGUACCAGCUUCUGGCAACGCUGGGCGAGUGUUCUUCUCUGGUAGAAAAGCAUAAUCGCGAUCUUGUGCCAUACUUCCUAUCUCUCACUGGCCCAGACGCAGGCGCUAAACUCCCCAAGCAGAAGCUUACCGCCUGGCUCACACUAUUCUCCAAAUUCAGCAACCCAAAAGCUUUAUACUCGACAGAAACCCUUCGAUCUCUAUACGUUUCCCUCCUUUCCUUCCCUGACAGGUCAUUGCAGACUGUAUCGUUGUCAUGUCUGUUCACUUACAAAUCCCCCCACCUUGCGGCCCACGAAGGUCGGCUACGCGUUCUGCUGGAUGACACGCGUUGGCGAGACGAGCUUACCAUGUUAGAUAUCAGCAACCUCGAACCCCAGGAUCGGGCUGAGGUUGUCGAUGUGCUCAUUCGGCUGCUUUUCGGGUUCAUGUUGGAAAAGAGAGGCAGGUCCCGUGGAGCAGAUCGACGGGCGGCUGUUUUGGGAUCGUUGGCGGGAUGUACGGAUGAAGAGUUGGGUUUACUUGUGGAUUUGAUGCUUAGUCCCCUUGGUGCGGAUAGGGCGCCGAGGCCUGAGGGCUUUGCGACUACGUCUUUGAAGCAGGACGUGUCUGACAAGCAACUGACGGGGUUCCUUACGCUACUUGGCGAUGUGUUGAAGCAUCUUGGAUCAAGACUAGCUCGUUACUGGCCUGCCCUCCUUGGGACUACUAUUGAUGUGAUCAGCAACGCACAGUCGAGGGUCGAGGGGCUGCAUCAAGAGACAGAGGACAACGGAGAACAGGAUGACAUGAAUGAAGACGAGGUCGAACCAGAGGCGGAUUCUCCGACAUCGUCGCCCAAAAUCGUUCGUUCCAUUCGACAACUUGGCUUGAAGCGAUUUGCCGACUUUUUCCGUUGUCCAGUGUCUUUUGAUUUCUCCCCUUAUAUGACCUUUGCGUUCAGUUCGUUCAUCACGCCACGUCUUCCAUCGCUCGACAAGGAGAACACACAGGCACCUUCUGCCCUCCUGGAGCUCUUCCAUGUUUGGACGCUUGAGGCUGCUCAUACUCGAUAUCUGGUGGAUUAUCACCCGGACACGUUACCUAAAGUCUAUGACUGCCUGGUGGCCACCAAUGUCAAGCCGUCCGUCAUAUCCCGGAUCUUUGAUAUGGUUGAACACCUUUUAGGGUACUCCGCAGAAGAUGAAAUAAUCCGUGAGGUUGUUUUGAAGCCUUAUGUAUCGCUCCUUCUCUCCAACAUCGCUACUCUCGUUGAGCGGACAAAGGGAGUCGCCACCAUCGCCACGCCUCUGGUUCAACGGCAAAUUAGCAUCUUAUCCGAAAUCGCUCAAUACUCUACAGAUUCAAACCAGGCCUCCACGCUAUUUGGGCUCUUUGCUCCUCUCUUGCGAAAAUCAUCGAAGUUUGUGCCAGAGAAGAUCAAAGUCAACCUGGUCAAGAUCAUUGGAAACUUGAUGCCUUUGAUCUCAGACCUCACGGACAAGGACACGGUGACAUAUCGGAAAACAUACGAAUUGUUGUCGCAGCUCUUUCAAUCUCUUCGAUCGCGCCCGGCUCGGCUCAGCCUCGUUUCGACCUUUAACCAGUUUGCAGUUAUCGACACCUCUCUCCAUGACUUGGCUAUUCUCUUGGAGUCGAUGAACGCCUACUCAGCUCGCCGUAUGGAUGAACCUGAUUUUGAUAGACGGUUGACGGCGUUCGCCACCCUCAAUGAAACCAUCUACAAGACUCUUCCCUGCUCCGCGUGGCUACCCAUCCUCUACAACGUCUUGGCUUUCAUUCAGGACCCGGUGGAGCUAGCUGUCCGAAACAGCGCCUCAUAUUCCAUGCGACACUUUAUCGACCUGGUGGCUUCUCAAGAUUCAUCAGAGUUCAACGAAACCUUCCUUCGUACUCUUUUUCCUGGACUGAAGAACGGGCUUCGUUCGAAGAAUGAACUAGUCCGCGCAGAGGUUUUAAGUGUCAUUGCUUAUGCAGUGGAAAAGUGCGUACACUUGACUAGUUUGCAAGAGAUGCGAGUUUUGCUUGAAAAUGGUGACGAAGAGGCCAAUUUCUUCAACAAUAUCCUCCACGUACAAGUCCAUCGACGGUCUCGUGCACUUCGCCGUCUGGCUGACCACUGCGAUGAAGGCGUUUUACGAAGCAACACACUCGCGGAGAUCUUUGUCCCGCUUGUCAGCAACUAUAUUGUGUCGACGUCUUCGAUUGACCAUCAUCUUGUCAACGAUGCGAUUCUUACGACGGGACGAAUGGCGAAGCAUCUCGCUUGGGGCGCGUACUAUGCACUUGUUCAGAAAUACCUCAAGCUUUCGAGGGCAAAAGAUGAGUCUGAACGUGUUUACAUCCGCACGCUGGUAGCUCUAUUGGAUAAUUUCCACUUCCCUAUGGAGGAGAUCGUUCCUGAGGUCGAAGCCAGCGACGAAGCGGUUGUAGAUGAGGAUGAAGAUGAACGUGCGGACAAUGAGGGGGAACCUUCGAAAGCACCAGUUUUGUCUCAGCAGGCCUCCGCUGCACACAACACUUCUCGAAUCGUAGAUGCUGUCAAUUCAAGACUUUUGCCUAGUCUUAUCAGCCACCUGGAGAAACAUGAUGCCACAACGGACGACAACACCCGCAUUCCCAUUGCCAUCGGUAUCGUCACCGUUGCUAAGCAUUUGCCAAUGACCACGCGUGAAGCUCAGAUCACCAGGCUGGUGACCAUCCUUUGUCAAAUCCUUCGUAGCAAGUCGCAGGAAACGCGGGAUCUUACAAGAGACUCAAUCAAUCGUAUUGCAGUCAGCCUUGGUCCCUCAUAUCUGCCUCUCAUACUCCGAGAAAUGCGUGCAGCUCUCCUGCGAGGACCGCAGUUGCAUGUCCUGGCGUACAUGGCUCACUCGUUGCUAGUCCACAUUACAUCUGGCGACCAUGCGGAACAGUUCACUAAUCUGGAUUGUAUCGUCAAUGACAUUGCCUAUGUAUCAGCCGAGGUCAUCUUUGGCGAAUCCGGGAAGGAUGUGCAGGCUGAAGAUUUCAAAACCAAAAUGAGGGAAGUCCGAACUUCGUCAUCGAAAGGGUUUGAUUCCUUCGCAACCGUGGCCAAGUUCAUCACUCCACCUAAGAUCAGCAGCCUCCUGACUCCUGUCAAAACCAUCAUGCAAGAAACGGAGUCACUCAAGGUCAUGCAACUUGUAGAAGAGGUUCUGAAGCGGGUAGCGUCAGGGUUGAAUGCCAAUAACCAUCUGGUUCCAACUGAGCUGUUAGCGCUUUGUAACACGCUCAUCAGCCAAAACGCGCGUUUUUUGCAACAAGUUCCGACGCGAAAGAAACCAGGUCCCAAAGGUGAUGCCAUCGUGCAGAUGAAGCGGCAGACGACAAGUGAGACCAACCACUACGCCAACAACUCUUUCCGAUUCGUUGCGUUCGGACUAGACCUCCUGAACACCGCUCUUCGCCUUAACCGAUUCGAUUUCCGCGAUGCUGCUGUCACCUCGCGACUGGAGGCUAUGGUUGUGGUAGUUGGAAAUACUCUCUACUCAACGAGCGCUCCAGUCCUGUCGCUUGGCCUUCGAUGUGCUGCGGGAUUGGUCAAGUGUCCUUUGAAGUCGCUCGAGAAAUCUCUUCCAGUCCUCGUGCGGCAAAUCCUUGACAUCAUCAGGCAAGCUGGAAACACGGAGUCCGAGCUCGUUCAAGUGGCUUUCAAAUCGCUAGCGACGAUUCUUCGUGAUGGGCCUGCUGUUGAGGUCAAAGAAAAGGACCUCGUCUUUUUGAUUGAACUACUUUCCCCUGACCUGGAAGAGCCCUCCCGACAAGCAUCCGUGUUCACGAUGUUACGAGCUAUCGUAUCGCGGAAGUUCGUUGUACCUGAGAUUUACGACCUCAUGGAAAAGGUGUCCGAGAUUAUGGUGACCAGCCAGUCUCCUCAAGUCCAGGAACUCUGUCGUGGGGUUCUUCUCCAGUUUCUUUUGGACUACCCACAAGGAAAAGGACGUCUUCGAAAACAGAUGGCAUUCCUUGCAAAGAACUUAUCCUACAUCCACGAGAGCGGACGUAAGUCAAUCAUGGAAUUGCUCAGUGCCAUCGUAGCCAAGUUCCAAGUUGCACUCGUUCGUGAAUACGCGGAUCUUCUGUUCGUUGCGCUGGUAAUGGUCGUGGCCAACGACGAUUCCAGCAAGUGUCGAGAGAUGGCUGCACAUCUCAUCAGAAGCCUAUUCUCCCGGCUGGACGAGGAGCACCGCAAUAUCAUCCUUUCUCACCUUCAUUCGUGGGCUGCUCAACAAGCCCAACCACAGUUGACCUGGGUGUCAUCACAGGUGUACGGGUUCAUUGCUGAUGAAUUGCAAGCCGAGUCCCUUCCUUACAUCUCCUCCAUUCUGGGAGACCUCCGCGCCGCCCUUCAACGCAGUUCUCUGAGCAUGGAGACCAGCGAAGAGGAGGACGAAGCUUCGUCGAUGGAUAUUGAUCUGGAAUGGCAAGUGCCUUACCACGCUUUGACGGUUCUGUUCAAGAUUCUUCGCGUUUUCCCCAAUCUUGCAGUGCAAGAUGGCACGAUUGCGUGGAACCUCGUCAGCUCGCAUCUGACAUACCCUCAUGCUUGGGUUCGCACAGCAGCGUGCAGGCUUCUUGGACUUCUCUUCACUGCUGUACCCGUUGCUAUUCCACGAGUAGAUUUCGACGCAGGCCAUCCCCUUUCAAGAGAAGGAAUGCAAGACACUGCAAGGAAACUCUGUCAGCAGCUUAAGAGCGAAAAUCUCGACGAGGCGUUGGGUUUGCAGGUGGUUAAGAACCUGUUUUAUAUUGGGAAAUGUUUCUACUUGAUCCCGGUCGUCAAUCCCUCUGCGAUUGAGGACGACGCGGAAGAGAUGUUGGAUAAUGAAGCUGAUGACGGCACCAAGAAUCUCAACCCGCUCCCGUGGUUGUUUUCGAAGCUUUCGUACCAAGUAAAGUCCGCACAUAUUGCUAGGCGGAGUCGGGCCAAGUGCUCUGUGAGUUCCUUCCCCCCUACCUGGUCGCAACAACCAUUAGGUGCUCUCCGUUGGUUUGCUGCAAUGUCAUCGCACAUGGAGGCUACGCGUUUGGAACAGUUUUUAGUCCACAUCCUUACACCAGUUUACCGGAUUACAGAGGACGAUACCAUUCGAGAUCCUCAAAUGACCGAACUCAAAACGAUAGCAACUGAACUCCAAGACUUGGUACAAUCCAAAGUCGGCGUGACUAAAUUCACGAACGUCUAUAAUCAGAUCAGGCAGAGCGUCUUGGGACUUAGGAGAGAGCGCAAGGUUGCAAGGGUGAUGCAGGUCACUACAAACCCUGAGGCAGCGGCGAAGAGGAAGAUGCAGAGGAAUGUGAUUAAGAAGGAUAGUAGGAAAAGGAAGGACCGCGGGUUUCUGUGA